AUGGCCGAGCUCUACCAGUCUCUGGGUAAGAAGUCCACAUACAGUGGACCAAGUAGGACCUAUUUCAGAUGCACUUGAUUAGGUUUGCCCUGUAUAGGGUUGCAAAAUUCCAUGAACUUUCAAUAAAUCCCGGUUGGAUUUCCUGCUUAUUCCCUUCUGAUUCCGGGAAUCCUCCAACCAGGAUUUCGGGAAAACCAGGGAAUUUAUUGAAAGAUUCCGGAAUUUUGCAACCCUAGGUCUAUGCAAUUGUAUUUGUACUGUACCAAAAGUGUGAACUCCAAGAUAAAUCAAGUGCAGCUCAAGUAGCAGGCCAAUAUCUGAUUAUGGAUGGAGAUAGCACUGUUUUACAGUGUAUUUAGUUUUAGUGACUGUCUCUCCAUGUGUCUCUGCAGCCGACCUGAACAACGUGCGUUUCUCAGCCUACCGGACAGCCAUGAAGCUGAGGCGCCUGCAGAAAGCUCUCUGUCGUAAGUCCAGGCCCCUCACCUAGUCACCACCCCAAACUACCUCCUCUACUCCAUCACCCCUCCAUCCCCCUCACAGAGUCACUGUCCUACAGUACCUCCUCUACUCCAGCACCCCUCCAUCCCCCUCACAGAGUCACUGUCCUACAGUACCUCCUCUACUCCAGCACCCCUCCAUCCCCCUCACAGAGACACUGUCCUACAGUACCUCCUCUACUCCAUCACCCCUCCAUCCCCCUCACAGAGACACUGUCCUACAGUACCUCCUCUACUCCAUCACCCCUCCAUCCCCCUCACAGAGACACUGUCCUACAGUACCUCCUCUACUCCAGCAGCCCUCCAUCCCCCUCACAGAGACACUGUCCUACAGUACCUCCUCUACUACCACUCACCCUCUCCUUCUUUGUCCUCCCCUCACACUCUCCAUCACUCACUCAUUCAUCAUCCCUGUCUCUCUUUCCACCAAGCUCUAUUACACAUCAGUUACUCUGUUACACAUCAGUUACUCUGUUACACAUCAGUUACUCUAUUACACAUCAGUUACUCUGUUACACAUCAGUUACUCUGUUACACAUCAGUUACUCUAUUACACAUCAGUUACUCUGUUACACAUCAGUUACUCUAUUACACAUCAGUUACUCUAUUACACAUCAGUUACUCUAUUACACAUCAGUUACUCUAUUACACAUCAGUUACUCUGUUACACAUCAGUUACUCUAUUACACAUCAGUUACUCUGUUACACAUCAGUUACUCUGUUACACAUCAGUUACUCUAUUACACAUCAGUUACUCCCGAGUGGCGCAGCGGUCUAAGGCACUGCAUCUCAGUGCUUGAGGCGUCACUACAGACCCACUGGUUCGAUUCCAGGCUGUAUCACAACCGGUCGUGUUUGGGAGUCCCAUAGGGCGGCGCACAAUUGGCCCAGCGUCGUCCAGGUUUGGCCGGUGUAGGCCGUCAUUGUAAAUAAGAAUUUGUUCUUAACUGACUUGCCUAGUUAAAUAAAGGUCAAAUUAAAAAUAAAUAAAAAUAAUAAUACAUCAGUUACUCUAUUACACACCCUCUUACUCAUCAAACUCUCUCUUUCUCUUACCCACACUCACCCUCUCCUCUCCUCUCCUCUCCUCUCCUCUCUUCUCCUCUCCUCUCCUCUCCUCUCCUCGCUCCCUCUCUCCUCUCCCUCCCUCCCUCCCUAUCCCCUUCGCGCCUCCCCCUCCCUCUCCCCCUCUCCUCCCUCCCCCCUCUACUCUCCAGUGGACCUCCUGGGUAUGCCUGCGGCGUGUGAGGUCUUUGAGCAGCAUGGCCUGAAGCAGAAUGAGCAGCUGAUGGACAUCAUGCAGGUGAUGACAUGUCUGACCAGCCUCUAUGAGAAACUGGACCAGCAGCAUGGGAACCUGGUCAACGUCCCACUGUGUGUCGACAUGUGUCUCAACUGGCUGCUCAAUGUUUACGACACGUACGUAUAGUACACACAAAACACUAACGACACGUACCUAACGACACGUACCUAACGACAGGUACCUAACGACAGGUACCUAACGACAGGUACCUAACGACAGGUACCUAACGACACGUACCUAACGACAGGUACCUAACGACAGGUACCUAACGACAGGUACCUAACGACAGGUACCUAACGACACGUACCUAACGACACGUACCUAACGACAGGUACCUAACGACAGGUACCUAACGACACGUACCUAACGACACGUACCUAACGACACGUACCUAACGACAGGUACCUAACGACAGGUACCUAACGACAGGUACCUAACGACACGUACCUAACGACACGUACCUAACGACACGUACCUAACGACAGGUACCUAACGACACGUACCUAACGAGACGUACCUAACGACAUGUACCUAACGACACGUACCUAACGACAUGUACCUAACGACACGUACCUAACGACACGUCCCUAACGACACGUCCCUAACGACACGUCCCUAACGACAUGUACCUAACGACAGGUCCCCAAUGACACGUCCCUAACGACACGUACCUAACGACACUCACUGAUUGAUGAGUAUAUGAUUGAUUGAUAUGAUUGAUUGACAUCUGAUUGAUUGAUAUGAUUGAUUGGUUUCACAGAGGAAGAAGUGGAAAAAUCAGAACUCUGUCCUUCAAAACUGGCAUCAUCUCACUCUGCAAAGCACACCUGGAGGACAAAUACAGAUGUAAGUAAUGACUACUCUUUUUAUUACCACACCUGGAGGACAAAUGUGACUGACCGCCUCGAUUCGGUCUUAUGUAGCAAAAUUUGAAAUUGUGUUUUUUACAUUGGGAUAAAAGUAGAGACUCAGAGCUAGAAAAUGGUAUAUCAUACACUGUAGUUGAAGAACAAUGGGAAAGUAAUUCUACUUUGAAAGUUGAUAAACUUGUAACCCCACUUUUGAAAAAAUGGCCCUUGAAUGUUUUGGUAAACCUACUGGAGAAGCCUUAGCUUCACCCAUCUCUUUAAGGAUUCACGUGAGGCCAUUUGCUAACCAGUGAUUAGUGUAGUAAACAACCAAAGAUUUCAAGACUAAAAGUAGUAAAAAGUCCAGAUAAAAAUACACUUUAUCUAGUCCUUGGCCUAUAUCCUAAUCUGACUUUGGUGAAGGUCAUGUUGUUCUUCACAUUACCGUCUCUUGUAAACACACAAUAUAUCAAAUUAAAUAAAAAGUUGAUUUGUCACAUGCACAGGAUACAGAAGGUGUAAACAGUACAGUGAAAUGGUUACUUGCAUAGUAGCAAUAUCAAAAACAGAAAGCGUCCAGAUAAAAAUAUGUUAUAAAUAUUUUAUAAUUAUUAGAUGAUGCUUACCUGACACACUUGUCUAAAUCGAUGGGUCAUGUGAAGGAAAUGCUAUAACCAACCCCCAACCACAUCUAGCUAAGUGGAUGGGUCACUAUUGUCUAGACAUGUACACAUGUUUAUGAAAUACAAUAGAUGGCCGUAAUCACCGCCAGCCCUGGCUAACGUGAUGGGUCAUGUAAUCAUCUGGUGCUUUGUUUAGACAUGUAGCUAGCUAGCUAAACAAUGAACCGGCAUAAUCCCAACUCAUACUACUACCAACCAUUACAAACAUAGCUGUAGUAUGAAUCUGCAGGUAGCUAAAGCUAACCAACCAGGUUCAAUGUUAGCUAGCUAACAUUAGGCUAUAAGGCUAAGGGAUUUCUGAUUUGAAUAAUAUUACUACACAGAUCAUACAUGUAACUUUAGCUAGCAAGCCAGCAAGCUAACGAACAGUACGCUUUAACUUGCAAUGAAAACAACUUUCGGACAAAAUUUGAAACUUACAAUGCCUUGCAAAAGUAUUCAUCCCCCUUGGCGUUUUUCCUAUUUUGUUGCAUUACAACAUGUAUUUUUUUUUUUUUCUUUUUUUCUAUUUCAUGUAAUGGACAUACAUAAAAUAGCCAAAUUGGUGAAGUGAAAUAAAAAAAAUAACUUGUUUUUAAAAAUUCUAAAAAAUAUAUAACGGAAAAGUGGUGCGUGCAUAUGUAUUCACCCCCUUUGCUAUGAAGCCCCUAAAUAAGAUCUGGUGCAACCAAUUACCUUCAGAAGUCACAUAAUUAGUUAAAUAAAGUCCACCUGUGUGCAAUCUAAGUGUCACAUGAUCUGGCAUAUGAUCUCAGCAUUUAUACACCUGUUCUGAAAGGCCCCAGAGUCUGCAACACCACUAAGCAAGGGGCACCACCAAGCAAGCGGCACCAUGAAGACCAAGGAGCUCUCCAAACAGGUCAGGGACAAAGUUGUGGAGAAGUACAGAUCAGGGUUGGGUUAUAAAAAAAUAGCACCAUUAAAUCCAUUAUUAAAAAAUGGAAAGAAUAUGGCAACACAACAAACCUGCCAAGAGAAGGCCGCCCACCAAAACUCACGGACCAGGCAAGGAGGGCAUUAAUCAGAGCGGCAACAAAGAGACCAAAGAUAACCCUGAAGGAGCUGCAAAGCUCCACAGCGGAGAUUGGAGUAUCUGUCCAUAGGACCACUUUAAGCUGUACACUCCACAGAGUUGGGCUUUACGGAAGAAUGGCCAGAAAAAAGCCAUUGCUUAAAGAAAUAUAUAAGCAAACACGUUUGGUGUUCGCCAAAAGCCAUGUGGGAGACUCCCCAAACAUAUGGAAGAAGGUACUCUGGUCAGAUGGCCAUCAAGGAAAACGCUAUGUCACCCCGAGAACACCAUCUCCACAGUGAAGCAUGAUGGUUGCAGCAUCAUGCUGUGGGGAAGUUUUUCAUCGGCAGGGACUGGGAAACUGGUCAGCAUUUAAGGAAUGAUGGAUGGCGCUAAAUAAAGGGAAAUUCUUGAGGGAAACCUGUUUCAGUCUUCCAGAGAUUUGAGACUGGGACGGAGGUUCACCUUCCAGAAGGACAAUGACCCUAAGCAUACUGCUAAAGCAACACUCGAGUGGUUUAAGGGGAAACAUUUAAAUGUCUUGGAAUGGCCUAGUCAAAGCCCAGACUUCAAUCCAAUUGAGAAUCUGUGGUAUGACUUAAAGAUUGCUGUACACCAGCGGAACCCAUCCAACUUGAAGGAGCUGGAGCAGUUUUGCCUUGAAGAAUGGGCAAAAAUCCCAGUGGCUAGAUGUGCCAAGAUUAUAGAGACAUACCCCAAGGGACUUGCAGCUGUAAUUGCUGCAAAAGGUGGCUCUACAAAGUAUUGAUUUUGAGGGGGUGAAUAGUUAUGUAUGCUCAAGUUUUCUGUUUUUUUGUCUUAUUUCUUGUUUGUUUCACAAUAAAAAAUAUUUUGCAUCUUCAGUGGUAGGCAUGUUGUGUAAAUCAAAUGCCCAAAAAAUCCAUUUUAAUUCCAGGUUGUAAGGCAACAAAAUAGGAAAAAUGCAAAGGGAGGUGAAUAAUUUCACAAGUCACUGUAUAAUAUCUGAAAAUGUAGCUAGACUCUUACCCAUAUACAUGUUUGGACGCUUCACGGCAGACUGGAACCAUUUAACUCAGUUUUGUUUGUAGCUACAUCUUGUUUGGCCAGCGUUGUGUCAAGUCACUCCUGUUCACACUGACCGUGGCGUGUGCAGAAAGUAGCAAAUCACUUUUUCCAACUGAUCUGUCGAUAUAUUUCAGAAAUGGUGCGGUAGAAAGGACUAUCAACACAUACUGAGCAGCUCACGUUAUAAACAGAAGCAUGCUACAUGGCAGACCAAUCCAAACUCAUCUCCCAGCAUGUCCAGCCCAUCCAUUAUCUCAGUCAAUCAUGGCUAGCGGGAAGGUAUUUUUCCGUGGCUAAACCAACUAGGCUCGUAAUUUAACAAUUGUAUUUGUAUUUACGGAUGGAAUACACGUUUGUUAUUAAGGCACAUGAAAGUUCACAUCUUCCAGAAGGCAUUUCUGCCAAAAAAAUGCAUUUUGAUAAAAAUAAUUAUGUUUACGUUCAAAUGCCUCUCCUGUGAAGUAGUGACAUGCGACAUAUGCCUAGUUUCCUGAAACGAGUCACAAAUACAGAUGGGGAAGUAAUGACUGAUCUUUAUAUUACCACACCUGGAGGACAAAUACAGAUGGAAGUAGGGACUACUCUUUAUGAUAUUAUUAGCAGCAGAUGUGGCACCACAUAGUGUAAAAACCCAUGGCCAGAUUGUUGAUUUGAUGAUAGAUUUUCAUGCAUCAAGUAGGCAUGACACAUAAAACCCCUCCAAACAGCUGUGUGGGUGUGUGUUGUUGUUGGUAUAGCUAGUGUAUGGAGGCAGUAUACCAUGUGGUCUAUUCUGUUAGUAUGUUGUUAUGGCCAGUGUAUGGAGGCAGUAUCCUAUGUGGUCUAUUCUGUUAGUGUGUUGGUAUGUAUCUCUGGACUUGGGUAUUUACCUCUCCAGUGCUCUCUGCCUCCCUCCCUCCCCCACCUCUAUCAGUCCUGUUCCGCCAGGUAGCCAGUGCGACAGGGUUCUGUGACCAGCGGAGGCUGGGUCUUCUCCUCCAUGAUUCCAUCCAGAUCCCCCGUCAGCUGGGAGAGGUGGCCUCCUUCGGGGGCUCCAACAUCGAGCCCAGCGUCCGCAGCUGCUUCCAGUUUGUAUGUGGAGCUAGUAGCAAUGGUCGUAGCUAUGCACACACACACACACACACACACACACACACACACACACACACACAACGUACAUAUAACAUACAGACGUAUAAACUACCUCACAUUCUACACUACUGUGCUAAACACCUUCUGCAGAUCACAUGCAUUUCAUGAAAAACCACACUAUGCAAUGUGGGGAAAUGUCUGAUAAAGUGUCUCUUUAGGUAGAGAUGUCCUGUGUGGUUAAUCAGUAGGUCUAUACAUUGCACUCUGCUAGCUAUGUUAGCCAAAGUACAUCUGUUAGCCUGCUAGCUAUGUUAGCCAAAGUACAUCUGUUAGCCUGCUAGCUAUGUUAGCCAAAGUACAUCUGUUAGCCUGAUAUCUAUGUUAGCCAAAGUACAUAUGUUAGCCUGCUAGCUAUAGCCUAGUGAAACACCAUAUUGAAUGUGUUAGCCAAAGUAUAUCUGUUAGCCUGCUAUCUAUGUUAGCCAAAGUACAUCAGUUAGCCUGCUAGCUAUGGUGAAUCACCAUACUGAAUGUGUUAGCCAAAGUACAUCUGUUAGCCUGCUAGCUAUAGUGAAUCACCAUACUGAAUGUGUUAGCCACAGUACAUCUGUUAGCCUAGCUAUAGUGAAUCACCAUACUGAAUGUGUUAGCCAAAGUACAUCUGUUAGCCUGCUAUCUAUGUUAGCCAAAGUACAUCUGUUAGCAUGCUAGCUAUAGUGAAUCACCAUACUGAAUGUGUUAGCCAAAGUACAUAUGUUAGCCUGCUAGCUAUAGUGAAUCACCAUACUGAAUGUGUUAGCCACAGUACAUAUGUUAGCCUGCUAGCUAUAGUGAAUCACCAUACUGAAUGUGUUAGCCAAAGUACAUAUGUUAGCCUGCUAUCUAUGUUAGCCAAAGUACAUCUGUUAGCCUGCUAGCUAUAGUGAAUCACCAUACUGAAUGUGUUAGCCAAAGUACAUAUGUUAGCCUGCUACCUAUGUUAGCCAAAGUACAUCAGUUAGCCUGUUAGCUAUAGUGAAUCACUAUACUGAAUGUGUUAGCCAAAGUACACCUGUUAGCCUGCUAGCUAUAGUGAAUCACCAUACUGAAUGUGUUAGCCAAAGUACAUAUGUUAGCCUGCUAUCUAUGUUAGCCAAAGUACAUAUGUUAGCCUGCUAGCUAUAGUGAAUCACCUUACUGAAUAUGUUAGCCAAAGUACAUAUGUUAGCCUGCUAUCUAUGUUAGCCAAAGUACAUCAGUUAGCCUGCUAGCUAUAGUGAAUCACCAUACUGAAUGUGUUAGCCAAAGUACAUCUGUUAACCUGCUAGCUAUAGUGAAUCACCGUACUGAAUGUGUUAGCCAAAGUACAUAUGUUAGCCUGCUAUCUAUGUUAGCCAAAGUACAUCAGUUAGCCUGCUAGCUAUAGUGAAUCACCAUACUGAAUGUGUUAGCCACAGUACAUAUAUUACCCUAUGGUCAUCUGUAAUCUAUGGUCCAUCUGUCAGCCAGUGGAAAUCACUUCUCUACAGUUGUCACUGCAUCUGUUUCCAGCAGUAAAUAUGGCCAUGGAAAAUAUGAUAGAGUGUAAUGGAAAACCCCUGCUUUACAAUCCAGGAGAAAACAGUAGCAGGAGAGUUUGUAGUUCUGUAUUAUUUUAUACUGGUAAAACGGCUUGUUUGCCCUAGACCAAUACAGCCAAACACUUUAUACAUACCUUAUACAUAUAUAGACUGGAAAUACCACUGGUUUGUCCUAUUAAUCAAUCCUUCCCUCUUGCUGACCGUAGCUCUUCCAUAAUUGGUUGUAUGUGUGUUAAAAUAUUUUGAACAGGCCAAUAACAAGCCAGAGCUGGAGGCUGCUAUGUUCCUGAUUGGUUAUGUAUUCUACUUCCUGUCCAUCAGGCCAAUAACAAGCCGGAGCUGGAGGCUGCUAUGUUCCUGAUUGGUUAUGUAUUCUGCUUCCUGUCUAACAGGCCAAUAACAAGCCGGAGCUGGAGGCUGCUAUGUUCCUGGACUGGAUGCGUCUGGAGCCUCAGUCGAUGGUGUGGCUGCCUGUCUUACAUCGUGUGGCAGCUGCUGAGACAGCCAAACAUCAGGCCAAGUGUAACAUCUGCAAAGAGUGUCCUAUCAUCGGCUUCAGGUAGACAGUCAGAGACAGACAGACAGACAGACAGACAGACAGACAGACAGAGGCUCUCUCCCUUUCUUUCUCUCUUGCUCCUUUUCAGGAGCCCUCUCUGUCUCCCAGGGCAAGUCUCAAAUCACACCCUAUUCCCCAUAUAUAGUGCACUACCUUUGACCAUUGUCUACGUAGGGCGGCCACAUAGGACUCUGGUCAAAAGUAGUGCACUAUAUAGGGUGUAGGGUGUCAUUUGAGACGUAGCCUCAGACUUCUCAAGCCCCUUCAUGCAACCCUAACGUUUCCAAAGUCACAAUAACAGUAACCCUUAGCUGACCCCAGGAACACAACUCCCUGACCUCAACCUUGAACUUCACCUGACCUCUCUCCUCCCCCAGUCUCCCCUCUGUCUCUGUGUAACCUCUGUCCCUGUCUCCCUGUCUUCCUCAGGUACCGAAGCUUAAAGCACUUUAACUAUGACAUCUGCCAAAGCUGCUUCUUCUCUGGCCGUGUGGCAAAGGGACACAAGAUGCAGUACCCCAUGGUGGAGUACUGUACGCCGGUAUGUAUACACAGGGUGUGUGUGUGGGUACAUGCAUGUGUGUGUGUGUGUGUGGUGGUGUAUUUAUAACAUAGGGCAAAUAAAUCCCUGUAUUUACUGGGCCCAUGAACCUGUAAAGAUGAGGUCAGUCUGUCUCUUUCCUGCCAGUGUAAAGUGGUUGGAAGACAGUUAACACUACUUUACCACAGUCACAUGAACUGGAAUCAACACGUAUGUUUCCAUUCGCCAGUGCUGCUGCUGAAAGUAGGCCGUGUUUGUCAGAGUGUGUAUGUGGGCGUGUAUGUGUGUGUCAAUGUGUGUGUGUGUGUGUGUGUGUCUUGUGUGUGUGUGUCAAUGUGUGUGUGUCUGUGUCUAUGUGUGUGUCUGUGUGUGUGUGUGUGUCAAUGUGUGUGUGUCUAUGGGUGUUUGUGUCUAUAGCUGUGUUUGUCAAUGUGUGUGUUUCUGUGUGUGUGUUUGGGUGUCUAUGUGUGUUUGGGUGUGUCACUGUGUGUGGUGUGGAUCUGUAGACUGGGGCUGUGAACAAGGGGGUCUUUGUUCUGUCUCUGUGUGUUUCAGACUACGUCAGGAGAGGAUGUGAGGGACUUUGCCAAGGUACUGAAAAACAAAUUCAGGACCAAACGAUACUUCGCUAAGCACCCUCGCAUGGGCUACCUCCCUGUACAGACCAUCUUGGAGGGAGACAACCUGGAG